AUGUAUAGUCUAAUAAAGGACAUAAGAAAUAUCCAGCAGUGCAUCGACUCUAGACAAAGAGUGGUGUCUUCAUUCACAUUGAGCACAAACCGCAAACUUCCUGAUUUGUUGUCUGGAUUAUCAGGUAAUUUGGUUGCAGCAAAGUGCAGUUUCUCAACCUUGAUGUCCAACUGCUGAAAACACUAUUGCAUAUCUGAGUAACAUAUUUGUAUUAAUUUAUUUAAACUUUACUCAGGUUAUUAUCAAAUGUAUGAAACAAACAUCACCCAUUUGCCAAGAGGAAUCAUGUGUAGAUUAUCUAGCCUUCUAUUGUCAUGAACCAUAAUAAAGCAUGCGUCUUUACUCAGUGUAAGUUGAUUUGACCAAUACCCUGGACUAUGUUCUCUACUUACAGAUUGCCCAAUCAACAUCAUUCAUCCAUAUGUUGAUGACUGCAAAGAAAUGUGUCUAAUGAAAUGUGUGGAUCAAUGGACCUUAAUCAACAUGGAAAAUCUAAGUCAGACCACUACUAUUGAACAAGAAAAUAAAAGCACGAUCACCACCUCAAAUAUUUUGAGAGAAUGUGAUUCUGAAGUCAUUGGACAGACAUAUAAAAAGAAUGUCCUGACCUCUGUUGAUGAAUUGAUCAGGAAAUGUAAAGGAAAGUCAGAUACAGUAAAGAAUGACCAGAAGUCGAUUUCCAUAACAAAGUUAGUCCACUUAUCAUUUGAACUGAAAUCAGGGCCGGCCCUAGCCUUUUAGGGGCCCUAAGCAAAAUUGUGUUGCUGGGGGGCUCUAAGCAGUCGCUUAUGUCGCUUAUGCCUAGGGCAGGCCCUGACUGACAUUUAUUUUAAUGUAAUUUGAGCUAUGUCAAUGUCUGACUGACAACUAAACAUAUUUUCAUGGAUUCUUUUUUGGUUGGAUUAUUCAGAACUGUGAUUUUUUUUGUUCCCCUACCACAGCACAUUUCACAACAUUACCAAUCAGGGACCUCAGAAAGUAAUCCUUGAAAGCCUCAAAGGCUCAGUGACAUCACAUCAGAAGAACAAUUUGCUCAACUUUAGAAUGGCUCUACCCUCCACCAAUAAUGUAAGCAUCAACGAAAGGGAGGGAUGGAAAGAGAUAGGUCAAAAGCAAAAUGUGGAUAUCGCCAGUCACCACAUUUAUAACUCUUUCUCAAUCUCCACCAGGCCACGUUGGAGAAGAUGGAUGACAUUUGGUUGGAGAUUCCUACUGAGGCUUUUAAUGAUUUUCUGGGACACACAAAAGAGGAAGUUAACCUGGGAGUAUUUUGGUUUGAGAAUGACAGCCUGUUCCCGGUAAAACAACAGUAACAACUACAUCUCAGAGAUAACUAAUGAAACAGACCUGCACUCAUAACACAAAUAGACAUAUUUCAGGACAUCCUCAUUUUAACAAAAGCACAGAAAAACAUCUGUGGUUCUUCCUCAUUUAACUCCAGCAUGUGAAUAGUGUAGUGACAACACAUUGGUAUGAACAUACACUGACAUUAUUAGUGCACAUUUGAAUGAAGCCCAAACUGCACCGUGACAGCCUGCUAUGGAAAUCGGCUUCAUUUUAUUUAAAGACACAACAACCACUUGUAUCUCUGUCAUCUAUGUAAAGUUACAAUGCAAACUUCUGCCUGCUCUCCCACUUUUUCAUUCAUUCAUUGUCGUGCUUCUAAGCUAGCAACAAGUCACACUAUUGCUCAAAAGCCCCUACAAUACAACCUGUUGACAGAACUUCAGAUAAAAGAGAACAAAUUUACUGAGAAAUAUAUAAUUGCUUGUUGUUGUGACUCAAACAUCAUGCCCAGUGCCUAUACAAAAAUAUAUCCUUUGAGGUAUUUGGUUCUGAGGAGAAAUGUGGUCCUCUCUGAAAUGUCUUAUUAACUUGUGUCUUUAGAGAGAAUGUAUAUCCUUUCUUCUGAUCACUACUAGGUGGAGGAGAACAACACUAAGCUCCUAAACAGUCGAGUGGUAUCCGUCAAUGUGGGAGAGGACUUCUCAGACCUUAGUAACAAUAUAAAGAUCACGUUCCGCUUCCAGAAUGCAUCACUGGUCAGUGAGCAGUGAAUAUUUACAUCACAAUCAACAGUCACACUCUCUUGUUUAAUAUUUAUUAUAUUUUUGUUAUUUCACCUGUCUGCAAUCCAACAAUUGCUUUACAGCUCCAAUAAUUCAUGUUUAUGAUAUGGUGAGGAUUGGAAUAGGAUAGUGACUAAUCAGGUUAUUUUCUCUGAUAGGAAAACAAAUCACUAACAUGUGUGUUCUGGGAUGAUGAAAAUGGUAGUAUUAUUUAUUAACUAAACAAAAUAAUAGUUUUAUGAAACAAAAUGAUAUGUUGAAAAUGUUUUACUGUAUCUCUUUGUUUCACAGAUAUUGUUGCACAAUGGAAUUCCUCUGGAUGUGUCACUGAGACAAAGGAAAAUCAAACAAUAUGCUCUUGUAACCAUCUUUCAUUCUUCGCAGUACUUAUGGUGAGAAAUAAUUUCUUAACCUAGCUUAAAUAUGUUGUAACCUCAUUUUAACAUUCUUCUUUCGAUUAAUUAAUUAAGGGCUCGAUUCAAAUAAUGUCGCGGAAGAUCUGCAGUAUAGCACAAUCGAAAGUUAAGUGCAACGUUCCCGCCUUCGCGGAGACUGCAUUCACGCUAAGCUACUUAUAUGUCCGCUCAAUUGGAAAUGACCUUUAAAUUUCAAUCAUGCUAAACCGCGAUAUGGAUUUAAUUAAGUCCACUCAAUCAAAGUGUGAUCUAGCCCCUGUGUGUGUGUUGACGGCAGGCACCAGGCAGUGUCUCUAGUGCCAGUCUGAGCUCCUCCUCUGUGUGGUUGCUGACGUUGUUGUCCAGGGUGGGCUGUGGAAUAUCCCUCUGUUUCCUGUGUCUGGCUCUCCUCAUCCACCUCAGGUCAGAUUCUACCGACAACUAAUACUUAUGUCCACGACAUGCAAACAACGAGCCAUCACACACAAUGCCACUCAAACAGAACAUCCUCAUUGGAAAAAAUCGUUUUGUGAUUCAAAGUACCCUUUUUACAUCAUCAGUUGUCACACAGUGCUUUUACAGUAACCUGACCCCAAAGAUUUAGCAGAAGGAACCUAGAUAGGAACUGCCGUAACAAUGAGAUUUGCUAUGUUGUUGAUUUUGACAUUAGAUUUCAUUAUAACUUCUUCCUCCAGAAGGGGUAAAUCUGAUGAUUCCCUGUGCAUCCACAUCCACCUGUGUGUGGCGCUUCUGUGCCUCAACCUGACCUUCCUCACCAACGACAGCCUAGCCUCUCUUGGCGUCCAUGGCCUGUGUGUUGCUACAGCAACAGCCACCCACUACUCCCUGCUGUGUACCCUCACCUGGUUCUCCCUGGAAGGCUUCCACCUCUACCUGCUCAUCAUCCGGGUCUUCAACAUCCACAUCAACAGAUACCUCCUCAAACUGGGCCUGGUAGGAUGGGGUGAGUGCAGUAAAUCAAUGGUGAGGACAAGUAUAAUCAGACUAGGCGUGAUCAGUGAGAAGUAAAAGUUUCACCCAGCUGCACAUGGUAUUGUCCAGCUUGAUCAGCUCCUAGCUGAAGGGAUCUGUGGAUCUUUCCAGCUUUCAUUGCUUUAAGGAAUCUACGCUGUCUCUUGGUGUUUGACUCAACUGGGGAACCCAAAUGAAAAUGUUCCUUAUCUCUUUCAGGAAUACCUGGCAUAGUAGUUAUCAUAAUUGUUGCUUGUGGCAAAUAUGGAGAAUACAACAUAUACCAGCAAGACGGUGGUGCUGUUAAAAUGUAAGUAAUAUUAUAAUUAUAAUUAUAUGUGUUUUCAUAUCACCAAUGACUCCCUUUCUCUCUGUAAAAAACAGACUGACUGUGUCCCUGUCUGUGUAUGUAUGUGACUGUGUCUGUGACUCCCCCCUUCUCUCCCUCCCCCCCCUUCUCUCCCUCCCUCCCUCUCCCUCUCUGUCUGUCUGUCUGUAGGUGCUGGUUGACUGACUCUGCUCUGACCACGGUGUCCUUCUCGUACUUCGUGCUGACAUUCGUGGUGAACGUGCUGUGCUUUGGGUCUGUGACAGUGAAGGUGGUGAGGGCCCACCGUCAGAGUCCAGUCCUGAGGGAGAGUGGUAUGAGCAGGGGGACAGUACUCAGUCUGCUGGGUCUGGCCUGGCUCCUGGGGGUCUCCUGGGGGGUCCUGCUCUUCCAGUUUGGCCCCCUGAAGGAGACAGCCUUCUACAUCUUCUGCACUGUCAACUCUCUCCACGGUGAGAUAAGAUACAGCCCUUUAUUCUCAUUCACAUCAGGAACACACAUAUGCACACAUACAUACAUGAAGUCUUGUGUACGGAAGCACAAUCACAUGCAUAGUCAAUGAUACAAAUCUCAUCAUGGUAAUUUAACUGCUGUUAAUGUAAUGGUACAUAUAUUUAGGGGCAUGGUGGAUGCAAAACACAUUUACAUUGGUGUUUGUAAAAGCAUGCCUUUAUAAAACACUGUAGUUAAUGUCCUGGUUGUGGCAUUGAUACCAGAUUACCAACCCAGUCAAAGAACGUGGUCUAUGGUCAGGGACCUACAGUAUGUUCUAUUACACCACUAUGUGUCACUAUUGUAUACAAAGACAGACUUAUCAUCUUCCAAGAGCAGCUCUUGUAAUUCAGUCAAAAUCCUUAUUACAACCUACAGGCUUCUUCCUGUUUCUACGCUAUUGGGCUUUAACUCGGCCAGAGAAGGCAUCUAUCUCCACGGCAACCACUGUAGCUUCUUCAACUGAGAUGCAUCCAACUGAGGCCAGUCCCUGACUAACAUGGUUAAACCUUUUACUACUAAUACCACGGCUUCCAUUUUGUUACCACAGAAGCACAAUAUUUAGUAUGUCGGUUUAACAUACCACUAUAGGCAAACAUAAGCAUCAAUUAAAGGGCAAGCACCAAAAUAAUAACGUGUUUCUAGGUUUGCUCGUAAGUUUUUUUUCAAAGUUGUGCUGUUUAUUGCACUUUUUGCUGUGCAUGUUGUUGUAUUUUAUGACACAUCUUCCAUGCAUAUUCAGUUUUGAUGUGUAUAGUCCUAGGCAAAUAGGCAACACAUCUAUUAGGUUCAAAUUAUUUUCAUCCCCAUCUCUGAAAAUAUUAACAAAUACGUUUGGCUACCCGAUCUGUUACUCACCAUUGUGCAUGAGGGUAAGAUGGAGUGGUCGACUAUCAAGUGGUGCCUUUCUGUUUCUUUGAUUGUCAUAAAAAAUCCUCUGAAAGAUAGUAUGUCCUUUUUUAGUCCAUCUGUAACAUUUUGGAUCAUUUUGAUUUCCCCUUUGGUUUUUGCAGAAUAGUCCUACAGUAGCCUAUGGGCUACCUGAGAUAAAAUGAGGCCUAAAUUAGUCAAGUAGAUAGUACCUUAUCAUAACACAAAAACAAUAUUUGCAGGGAUGUGAAAUGAAUGGUUACACAUUUAUAUUUUUAUUUAGAUUGUGUAAACGUUUUUCUUUGUGUAAAUAAUGUAUUUGUGUAAAUAAUCAUUUGAAAGGGGGAGAUGCUUCACAAGCCUCUCUGUGUUUUUCUACCUCUCCUGCAUAUGCUCUUUUAAUUUUCCUUUUAAUCUCUGAUCAUAUUGUUUUGUAUUUUCUUG